AUGCGAACUCGAUCGAGUCGAACAACAGAAGACUUAGUCGAGCUAGAUUUCACCACCAGCAGAAAGAGAGGUCAGAGAACUCAGAGGGUACAAGCAGAACCUGAGGUGAUUGUUACUGAAACCAUGGAUGUACCAGAGGGGAAUGGAAACCCUUUGGGUAAUGGACUCGGUCGAGCUCGGCAACCUCGACCGAUUGGUCUAGGAGAUGCUCCAAACCGCCAUCAACAAAGACAAGGGAUUGUCCCACCACCUGUGCAGAACCACAACUUUGAGAUCAAGCUGGGUAUGAUCAACCUUGUCCAGAACAAGAUGUUCCAUGGAUUGCCAAGUGAAGACCCCAUUGAUCACCUUGAUGAGUUUGAUAGGCUAUGUGACUUGACCAAGAUCAAUGGUGUCUCUGAAGAUGCCAUCAAGCUGAGACUCUUUCCUAUGUCUCUUGCUGACAAGGCUCACCAAUGGGAGAAGAGCCUGCCCCAUGGCACAAUCACCACUUGGGAUGAAUGCAAGAAGGCCUUUCUUGCUAAGUUUUUCUCCACCGGUCGCACAGCCAAGCUUAGGAGUGAGAUAUCCAGCUUCAUUCAGAGGAACAAUGAGACUUUUGCUGAGGCUUGGGAAAGAUUCAAGGGCUACACAAGUCAGUGCCCCCAUUAUGGCUUCAACAAUGACUCAUUGGUCUCUACUCUCUAUAGAGGAUGCUUGGCAAGGUAUAGAGAGAUGUUAGACACAGCCAGCAAUGGGAACUUCCUCAAUCAAGAUGUGGAUGAUGGCUGGCAGCUUGUGGAAAACAUUGCAAACUCCAAUGGAAGUUAUGGAGAAGAGUAUGAUCGCACCAACCGGAGCUCGACCCACACUCGAUCGAGUCCGAUGAGAAAUUGA